GCUUUGGACCCUAUUCGGGGACCGGCAUCUCAGUGGACCUUUUCUUUUAUUGGAUUUUUGUUGGCCUUGGCCGGUGUCCCCUCCUACAUAAAAAAAAAAAAGAAAAAAAAGUAAUGGCCGUGGAGCGACGCGUCUUCAUUUCCCGUCGCUCGCUGCAGAGCAUCUAGGAUGGACACACAGACACACACACGACAGUCAUGGGGAGAGUCUUGCCGAGCCCACUGCUGCUCCUGCUGCUGCUGGCGCUAAGGCCUGGAGGUGCACCAAGCCUCACCUUGUCCCAGGACUGCAGUGCUGCCGACAAAAUAGUGAAAGAAGGUCAAACAGAAGUCAUCAGCACCACACAAUCCAUCUUGAAGCAAGGUCGAUAUGAAGGUAAUCUUACUUUGUUUGUGAAGCCUGAGAGUGGCUUUAAGGGCGUCAGUCUUCAUGCGUGGGCAAGUGACGGCACUCACCACACUACUUGGUUCCCUGCCGAGGAGAAAUGUUUCCCGCGCGAUGGCAAAUGGGUGGAAUUCUUGGCGAUGAUUUGGACAACCAGGAAGGGUCUUGUGUUUAACUCUGUGUCUGCUGUAUGCUGGAAGAGGUGCAAGAUCAACACUGUCCAGGCAAUACUCAUGAACAUCAGCGUGGUGGCUCACGGACCUUCCAGGUGGUUGACCGGGAACCCACCUUGGCAAUGUGAGGUGACUUACUACCGGACUAAAUCUCCCGACAGAACGGCGAAGUGUUUGCUCUCUCCACCCACCGCUACCACCAACACCACCGUCACCACCACCACCACCACCACCUCUCCACCCAUCGCCACCAAUAACACCACCGCCACCACCACCACCACCACCACCACCACCAGCACCUCUCCACCCAUCGCCAACAACACCGCCACCACCACCAUCACCACCACCUUUCCACCCAUCGCCACCACCCCCAUCACCACCGCCACCACCACCGCCACCACCGCCGCUACCACCACCACCACCACCACCACCACCACCGCCACCAACCCCGCUACCACCCCAGACACUACUACCACCACCACCGCCACUACCACCGCCAGCGUCGCCACCACCGCCGUCGCCGCCACCACCACCACCACCACCAACAUCUGUGGGACGCCCUCUACUCCUAAGGUGACAAUUUACAAGAUAAUAAUUAUAGCAGCGUCAGCAGUAGCAGUGGUGGAGGUGGUGAUGAUAGUGGUGUUCUGUUGGAAGCAGAAAGCUGCCACAUCACCGCACCACGCCCAGCCGGACUCUCCCUGCGUCCUCCUCUCCUCGAUGAGCUGGUCAUAGAAAACGACAUCUACGAGCCAUUUGACGGUCCCGCUAACGACGCCGCGCUGCAAACCUUCGACAACGACCUGUACGAGUCCUUCAGCGGCCACGGGCGCCGGCACGACUCCUAGACGACCCUGAGACAGCGCCCGCCACACACACUUACGAAGCCUGACGGGGCGCGCACGCGCGGCACAGAGAGAGAGAGAGAGAGAGAGAGAGAGAGAGAGAGAGAGAGAGAGAGAGAGAGAGAGAGAGAGAGAGAGAGAGAACUUUAAACACGCUGCAUUAUUUCCUUUGAGGCUAUUGGCCAGUUUCACAGUGAGCAAAAAAAAAAAAAAAAAAAAAACACACAGCAAAACCUUACACAGAUAUGGCGAGGAUUGUCAAUUGUGGCCUAGUACGUGAUUACAUAGGGCACACACACACACACACACACACACACACACACACACACACACACACACACACACACACACACACACACACACACACACA